CCCCGGCUCCUCCCUACCCCCCCCACUGCCCUGUGCCACCUGCCAGACCCUUGCCAACACCCCCGGCUCCUUCCUACCCCCCCCACUGCCCUGUGCCACCUGCCAGACCAUCACCCGCACCCCCGGCUCCUCCGUACCCCCCCACUGCCCUGUGCCACCUGCCAGCCUGUCACCCACACCCCUAGCUCCUCCCUACACCCCCCCACUGCCCUGUGCCACUUGCCAGACCAUCACCCGCACCCCCAGCUCCUCCGUACCCCCCCCCACUGCCCUGUGCCACCUGCCAGCCCGUCACCUGCUCCCCUGGCUCCUCCCUACCCGCCCCCACUGCCCUGUGCCACCUGCCAGCCCGUCACCCGCACCCCGGCUCCUCCCUACCCCCCCCCACUGCCCUGUGCCACCUGCCAGACCAUCACCCACACCCUGGCUCCUCCCUACCCCCCCACUGCCCUAUUCCACCUGCCAGCCCCAAACCUCCCCACUUUACACUACCCUGUGCCCCCAACUCGUCCCCUAGGAAACCCAGUUCAGCCCUCCAGUGCCAGAAGUUAUAAACCCCAGGGCACCACUGGGCCCUCUGCUCCCCACCCUGCCCUACACUAUCCUCUGCUCCCCCUCCCAGCCCCUAUGCUUUCCCCUCUCCACCCAAGGGGGCUAGCAGUGGCCCAUUCCAGCUGGCCAGAGAAGGGGAGCAGGUCAGCACCUUGGGCCAGGCUCAGGCUUUGUGGUGGGUGUGGGGGUGGGGUUGCUCCAUGGCCAGGCCCUGGAGUUCCUGUAACUCUGGGCACAGGGUGUCCUUGCCUGCGGGAGCAAACACCUGGGACAGACAGAGGGGGCGGAGAAGCGGGGGGUUGUAGGGGUGGGAGAAGGCCUGGGAAGCGGCGAGGCGGCAACAGGAAAGUCUUUCACUUCCCGCAGGAAAAGCAGGAGAAAGCCAGGCUGUCCUCACCCCGCAGAGCGGCAGGCCCCACGCCCAGGGCACCAGCUGUUGGAGUAAUGUACCCCCAGCGCCAUGUGCUCCAUGCCACCUGGACCAGCACCCAACUGUCCCCUGCCAGCACCCGACUGCCCUCCCAGCACCAUGGGCUCCGUGCCACCUGCACCAGCACCAGGCUCCCCCUCACCCCCAGCGCCAUUGGGUCCGUGCCACCCACACCAGCACCUGACUCCCCCCCCCCCGCGCCAUCGGCUCCAUGCCACUGGCACUAGCACCCAGCUCCUACCC